AUUGCCUCUUCAAAGUAUGUCCCAUGAACCGCUACUCUGCCCAGAAGCAGUACUGGAAGGCCAAGCAAACCAAGCAGGACAAGGAGAAGAUCGCGGAUGUGGUGCUGCUGCAGAAACUCCAGCAUGCGGCCCAGAUGGAGCAGAAGCAGAACGAGACGGAGAACAAGAAGGUGCAUGGUGACGUGGUGAAAUACGGCAGCGUCAUACAGCUCCUCCACAUGAAGAGCAACAAGUACCUGACAGUGAACAAGCGACUGCCAGCCCUGCUCGAGAAAAACGCCAUGCGGGUGACGCUGGAUGCCACCGGCAACGAGGGAUCCUGGCUUUUCAUCCAGCCCUUCUGGAAGCUGAGGAGCAACGGAGAUAACGUAGUCGUGGGAGACAAAGUCAUCCUGAACCCCGUCAACGCUGGGCAGCCGCUGCACGCCAGCAACUACGAGCUUGCUGACAACGCCGGCUGCAAGGAGGUGAACUCAGUCAAUUGUAACACCAGCUGGAAAAUCAACCUUUUCAUGCAGUUCUGCGACCACAUGGAGGAAGUACUGAAAGGGGGGGACGUGGUGAGGCUCUUCCACGCCGAGCAGGAGAAGUUUCUCACCUGCGACGAGUACAAAGGCAAGCUGCACGUCUUCCUCCGCACCACCCUGAGGCAGUCGGCCACCUCGGCCACCAGCUCCAACGCCCUGUGGGAGGUGGAGGUGGUCCACCACGACCCGUGCCGAGGGGGAGCCGGGCACUGGAACGGCUUGUACCGCUUCAAGCACCUCGCCACGGGCAACUACCUGGCAGCAGAGGAAAACCCAAGUUAUAAAGGAGACGUGGCUGAGCCCAAAGCAGCGCCCACGAGCCCACUGUGGGGACAGCGCCCGCGCCGUGCCGCCGGGUCCCGCUUGGUGCCAAGGCUGAUGGCCGUGCCCCACGGCAAUGACAUCGCCUCCCUCUUCGAGCUGGACCCUACCACGCUGCAGAAGACGGACUCCUUUGUCCCACGGAACUCCUACGUGAGGCUGCGUCACCUCUGCACCAAUACCUGGAUCCAGAGCACCAACGUGCCCAUCGACAUCGACGAGGAGAGGCCCAUUCGCCUCAUGUUGGGCACGUGCCCCACCAAAGAAGACAAAGAAGCCUUUGCCAUCGUCUCGGUGCCCGUGUCUGAGAUCCGGGACCUGGACUUUGCUAACGACGCCAGCUCGAUGCUGGCCAACGUGGUGGAGAAGAUGAACGAAGGUUUUCUCAGCCAGAAUGACCGGAGGUUCGUGAUCCAGCUGCUGGAGGACUUGGUGUUUUUUGUCAGCGACGUCCCCAACAAUGGCCAGAAUGUGCUGGACAUUGUGGUGACCAAGCCCAACCGGGAGCGGCAGAAGCUAAUGCGGGAGCAGAACAUCCUGAAGCAAAUCUUUGGGAUCCUGAAAGCCCCCUUCAAGGACAAGGGUGGGGAAGGGCCCCUGGUGCGGCUGGAAGAGCUGUCGGACCAGAAAAACGCUCCCUACCAGUACAUGUUUCGGCUGUGCUACCGCGUGCUCCGGCACUCCCAGGAGGACUAUCGCAAGAACCAGGAGCACAUCGCCAAGCAGUUCGGCAUGAUGCAAUCCCAGAUCGGUUACGACAUCCUCGCUGAGGACACCAUCACGGCUCUGCUGCACAACAACCGCAAGCUGCUGGAGAAACACAUCACGAAGACCGAGGUGGAGACCUUUGUCAGCCUGGUGCGCAAGAACCGUGAGCCACGGUUUUUGGACUACCUCUCGGACCUGUGUGUGUCCAACCACAUUGCCAUCCCCGUCACCCAGGAGCUGAUUUGCAAAUGCGUGCUGGACCCAAAGAACAGCGACAUCCUCAUCAAAACCGAGCUGAGGCCAGUGAAGGAGAUGUCCCAGACCCACGAGUACCUGAGCAUCGAGUACUCGGAGGAGGAGGUCUGGCUUACCUGGACGGACAAGAACAACGACCACCAUGAGAAAAGCAUCCGGCAGCUGGCGCAGGAGGCCCGGGCUGGCAAUGCCCAUGACGAGAACGUCCUCAGCUACUACAGGUACCAGCUGAAGCUCUUUGCCCGCAUGUGCCUGGAUCGCCAGUACUUGGCCAUCAAAGAGAUCUCCCAGCAGUUGGGUGUGGACCUGAUCUUCCUCUGCAUGGCAGAUGAGAUGCUGCCCUUCGAUCUCCGGGCGUCCUUCUGCCACCUCAUGUUGCACGUGCACGUGGACAGGGACCCCCAGGAGCUGGUGAUGCCCGUGAAGUUUGCACGGCUCUGGACCGAGAUCCCCACGGCCAUCACGAUCAAAGACUACGACUCCAACCUCAACGUCUCGCGGGACGACAAGAAGAACAAGUUUGCGAGCACCAUGGAGUUCGUGGAGGACUACCUCAACAACGUGGUGAGCGAGGCGGUACCCUUCGCCAACGAGGAGAAGAACAAACUCACCUUCGAGGUUGUCAGCCUUGCCCACAACCUCAUCUACUUCGGCUUCUACAGCUUCAGUGAGCUGCUGCGCCUGACGCGGACACUGCUGGGCAUCAUCGACUGUGUCCAAAACCCCCAGCUGAUGAUGCAGGCAGUCUACAACGACGAGGUGACAGGGAAGAAUGUGCGGAGAUCGAUCCAGGGCGUUGGGCAGAUGAUGUCCACCAUGGUGCUAAGCAGGAAACAGUCCAUCUUCAGCCCUCCAAGCCUCAGUGCCGGGUCUGCCCCAGAACAAGUGGACAGAGGGAGGAGCAUUGAGAACGAGAACAUUGUGGUGAUGGAGACAAAGCUGAAGAUCCUGGAGAUCUUGCAGUUCAUCCUGAACGUGCGGCUGGACUACAGGAUCUCCUACCUGCUUUCCGUCUUCAAGAAGGAGUUUGUGGAAGUCUACCCCAUGCAGGACAGUGCGGCCGAUGGGACGGCUCCAGCCUUUGACUCCACAACUGCAGCCAUGAACCUGGACCGGAUUGGCGAGCACGCAGAAGCCAUGUUUGGUGUGGGGAAGACGAGCAGCAUGUUAGAGGUGGAUGACGAGGGAGGGAGGAUGUUUCUGCGGGUGCUGAUCCACCUGACGAUGCACGACUACCCGCCGCUCAUCUCCGGCUCCCUGCAGCUCCUCUUCAAGCACUUCAGCCAGAGGCAGGAGGUCUUGCACACCUUCAAACAGGUUCAGCUCCUGAUCUCAGCCCAGGAUGUCGAGAACUACAAGGUGAUCAAGUCAGAGCUGGACAAACUCCGCACCAUGGUGGAGAAAUCGGAGCUCUGGGUGGACAAGAAGGGCAGCAGCAAAGGGGACAGCACGGUGGAGGGGAACAAGAAGGAGAAGAAAGAGCAUGCUGCCGACGAAGAGGUCAUUGCUCCGGGAGAGAAGAGCAGUGAGAACUAUCAGAUAGUCAAGGGGAUCCUGGAGCGGCUGAAUAAGAUGUGCGGGGUCGGAGAGCAAGUGCGCAAGAAGCAGCAGCGCCUUCUGAAGAACAUGGAUGCCCACAAAGUGAUGCUGGAUCUGCUGCAGAUCCCUUACGAGAAGGGUGAUGCCAAGAUGAUGGAGAUCCUGAAAUUCACCCACCAGUUCCUGCAGAAGUUUUGUGCUGGCAAUCAGGAAAACCAGGCCCUGCUGCACAAACACCUCAACCUGUUCCUCACCCCGGGGCUCCUGGAGGCUGAGACGAUGCAGCACAUCUUCCUCAACAACUACCAGCUCUGCUCAGAGAUCAACGAGACGGUGCCGCAGCACUUCAUCCACUGCGUCGCCACCCACGGCCGCCACGUGCAGUACCUCGACUUCCUGCACACCAUCAUCAAGGCCGAGGGCAAGUACGUCAAGAAGUGCCAGGACAUGAUCAUGACCGAGCUCACCAACGCCGGGGACGAUGUGGUGGUUUUCUACAAUGACAAGGCUUCACUGGCCACCCUUCUGGAGAUGAUGACAGCAGCCCGGGAUGGGGUGGAGGAGAACAGCCCACUGAUGUACCACAUCUCACUGGUGGACCUGCUGGCUGCCUGCGCCGAGGGCAAGAACGUCUACACAGAGAUCAAGUGCACGUCCCUGCUGCCCUUGGAGGACGUGGUGCGGGUGGUGACACACGAGGAUUGCAUCACGGAGGUGAAGAUGGCCUACGUGAACUUCGUCAACCACUGCUACGUGGACACAGAGAUCCAGCCAGGAUCUGUGCUCACCUCACCCUGGUGCCAUCACCCUCUUCUCUUCUCCUCACAGAUGUGCAAGAAGCGGGAGAAACGCCUGCCAGACCCUACGCUGGAGAAGUACGUGCUGACGGUGGUGCUGGACACCAUCAACGCGUUCUUCAGCUCCCCCUUCUCAGAGAACAGCACGUCGCUGCAGACCCACCAGACCAUUGUGGUGCAGCUUCUCCAGUCUACCAUGAGGCUGCUGGAGUGCCCCUGGCUGCAGCAGCAGCACAAGAGCUCGGUGGAAGCCUGCAUCCGAACGCUGGCCAUGGUUGCCAAGAGCCGCUCCAUUGCACUGCCCAUGGACCUGGACGCCCACGUCAGCUCCUUGCUCAACAGCAGCUCCACCAGCACCGUGCAGAGGAACACGUCCAGCUACAAGACGGCCACGCGGACCUUCCCUCGUGUCUCCACCACCCCCAACCAGUGGGACUACAAGAAUAUCAUAGAGAAGCUGCAGGACAUCAUCAACGCCCUGGAGGAUCGCUUGAAACCGCUGGUGGAGGCUGAGCUGUCUGUCCUGGUGGAUGUCCUCCACCGGCCAGAGCUGCUUUUCAUGGAGGGGACGGAGGCGUUUCAGCGAUGCGAGAGUGGAGGUUUUCUGUCCAAGCUCGUGCAGCACACCAAGGACCUCAUGGAGACGGAGGAGAAGCUGUGCAUCAAGGUGCUGAGGACGCUGCAGCAGAUGCUGGUGAAGAGGAACAGAUACGGCGAGAGGGGCAACCUGCUGCGGAAAAUGCUGCUGAACAAUUACCUGCAGAACAAGAAGUCCAGCUCCAAAGGGGAAAUCGUGGAUGCUUCUGGAGGAGGCCAAGACCAGGACUGGUCUGCUAUCGCUGCCGUCCAGUGCCGGCUGGACCGAGAAGGGGCCACCAAGUUGGUGGCUGACCUCAUCAUGAACACCAAGAACGAAAAGAUCUUCCAAGAGAGCAUCCUGCUUGCCAUCCGGCUGCUGGACGGAGGCAACACCGAGAUCCAGAAAUCCUUUUACAACCUCAUGACGAGUGACAAGAAAUCCGAGAAGUUCUUCAAAGUUUUGCACGACCGGAUGAAGAAGGCGCAGCAGGAGACCAAGUCUACGGUGUCCGUGAACAUGAGUGACAUUGGGAACAAGCCUCGUGAGGACAAAGACGAGCCUGACCCUGGCACUAAAGGACGAGGAGACACCUUCCUGAUGCCUGGCACCCCCUCCCGAUACCCGCUGGCCAUAGGGUUUCGGAAGGGCCAUGACACUGGGGAGCAGGGCCAGAACAACGAAAUGGGGGUGACGGUCCUGAUCAUGGAGCCGAUCCUGCGAUUCUUGCAGCUGCUCUGUGAGAACCACAACCGGGACCUGCAGAACUUCCUCCGGUGCCAGAACAACAAGACCAACUACAACCUGGUGUGCGAGACGCUGCAGUUCCUCGACAUCAUGUGCGGCAGCACCACGGGGGGGCUGGGGCUGCUGGGCCUCUACAUCAACGAGUACAACGUGGCCCUCAUCACCCAGACCCUGGAGACCCUGACUGAGUACUGCCAAGGGCCCUGCCACGAGAACCAGAGCUGCAUCGUGACCCACGAGUCCAAUGGGAUCGACAUCAUCACAGCCCUCAUCCUUAACGACAUCAGCCCCCUCUGCAAAUACCGGAUGGACCUGGUCCUGCAGCUGAAGGACAAUGCCUCCAAGCUCCUCCUGGCCCUCAUGGAGAGCAGACACGACAGCGAAAACGCCGAGCGGAUCCUCAUCAGCCUCCGCCCGCAGGAACUGGUCGACGUGAUUAAGAAGGCCUAUCUGCAGGAGGAGGAGUGUGAAAAUGCCGAGGUUUCCCCCCGGGAAGUUGGCCACAACAUUUAUAUACUGGCCCUGCAGCUGUCCCGACACAACAAGUCUCUGCAGCAGCUCUUGAAGCCAGUGAAACGAAUCCAGGAGGAGGAGGAGGAGGGCAUCUCGUCCAUGCUCAGCCUAAAUAACAAGCAGCUGACGCAGAUGCUGAAGUCAACAGCCCCCGUCCAGGAAGAAGAGGAGGACCCGCUGGCGUAUUACGAGAAACACACAUCCCAAAUUGAGAUUGUGCGCCUGGACCGAAGCAUGGAGCAGAUAAUCUUCCCCGUGCCUGGCAUCUGCGAGUUCCUCACCAAGGAGACCAAGUACCGGCUCUUUACCACCACGGAGCAGGACGAGCAGGGCAGCAAAGUCAGUGAUUUCUUCGACCAGUCGUCCUUCCUCCACAACGAGAUGGAAUGGCAGAAGAAACUGCGCAGCAUGCCGCUGAUGUACUGGUUCUCCCGCAGAAUGACGCUCUGGGGAAGCAUUUCCUUCAACCUGGCGGUCUUCAUCAACAUAAUCAUUGCUUUCUUCUACCCCUAUGUUGAAGCCACUUCCAUGGGAGUGCUGGAUUCCCCGCUGAUCUCGCUGCUCUUCUGGAUUCUGAUCUGCUUCUCCAUCAUGGCCUUGUUCACGAAGCGCUACGGUGUCAGACCGCUCCUCGUGGCACUGAUCUUGCGCUCGAUUUAUUACUUGGGGAUUGGACUCACCUUGAACAUACUGGGAGCUCUCAAUCUGACCAACAAGAUUGUGUUUGUGGUGAGCUUCGUGGGCAAUCGCGGGACCUUCAUCCGAGGCUACAAGGCCAUGAUCAUGGAUGUGGAAUUUCUUUACCACGUUGGCUACAUCCUGACGAGCGUCCUGGGACUCUUUGUGCACGAACUCUUCUACAGCAUCCUGCUGUUUGACUUGAUCUACCGUGAAGAGACCUUGUUUAACGUCAUCAAAAGCGUGACGCGGAACGGGCGCUCCAUCCUGCUGACGGCCCUCCUGGCUCUCAUCCUCGUCUACCUCUUCUCCAUCGUGGGCUUCCUGUUCCUCAAGGAUGACUUCAUCCUGGAGGUGGACCGGCUGCCGGACAGCAAGGCCAAAGAUGACCCCUUGGGGAUGCACAGGAACAUGGAGACCUUCAUGGAGUCAUGCAGCAGUGACAAAAUUAGCUGCUCGGCUGUGCCCACUGCCUUGGAAGAAACAGCGGCUGACCCGUGGGAACGCGCCUGCGACACGCUGCUCAUGUGCAUCGUCACUGUCCUGAACCACGGCCUGAGGAACGGAGGGGGCGUGGGUGACAUUCUGCGGAAGCCAUCGAAGGAUGAGUCCUUGUUUCCUGCUCGGGUUGUCUACGACCUCCUCUUCUUCUUUAUUGUCAUUAUUAUCGUCCUUAACCUCAUCUUUGGGGUCAUCAUCGACACCUUUGCUGAUCUGAGGAGUGAGAAGCAAAAGAAGGAGGAGAUCCUGAAGACCACCUGUUUCAUAUGUGGACUCGAAAGGGACAAGUUUGACAACAAGACAGUGUCCUUUGAGGAGCAUAUUAAAUAUGAGCACAACAUGUGGAACUACUUGUACUUCAUAGUGCUGGUGCGGGUGAAGAACAAGACAGACUACACGGGGCCAGAGAGUUACGUGGCGCAGAUGAUAAAGAACAAGAACCUUGACUGGUUCCCCCGGAUGCGAGCCAUGUCGCUGGUCAGCAAUGAAGGGGAAGGGGAACAGAAUGAGAUCCGGAAUCUUCAGGACAAACUCAACACCACGAUGAAGCUGGUGUCCCAUCUCACCUCGCAGCUGAACGAGCUGAAGGAACAGAUGACAGAGCAACGGAAGCGCAGACAAAGGAUGGGGUUUGUGGAUGUCCAGAAUACCAUGAACCACUAGGAAGAAGCGUCGGCUUCCCCCACCGAGGGACUACCCGUAUCCAUCAGCUAACGAGGCUGCUUAUUCCUGGGUGCCACGCGGGGACGUCGGGCAGAGGAGGACGGACCAUGCGGAAGGGCUUCACCGUCCCCCUUUUCCUUAGAGCGCUUGUAAGCAAUUCAGGAACCAGGGACCGGCCGGGAUUCCUCACGAUACCUGGACCCACAGGUUACUCUAAUGCCCUUGUAGGAAGAUAAAUUAUACAGGACUUUUAUUCCUCGUUGCGGUAACUCUUCGUUUUGCAAAUGUGGAGGGUUGCAUCUUUAUCUCCACGCGCUACAGCCGGAUUGGCCUCCGCCUCAGGCGUAGCGUGCCUAGCUGUAGGGCUGCAAUAUUUAACUUAUUCC